CAUGUGUAGUAAAAGUAAGAGCUUCCGAUGUAAACACAGAAUGAUCUUUCGAAAUAUUUCACGUUUAACGUCAAAAAGAUGUAUAAGUUAUAUCCAGGGUCAAUCACCUGAACCAAAGAUUCGAGAAUACUUUUACUUUAUAGAUCAUCAUGGUCAGCUAUUCCUUGAUGAUGCUAGAAUGAAGAACUUCACAUCAUGCUUCAAAGAAAAAGAUUUUCUAGUGUUUUUCUUUAAAAGACUGAGAAUGAAUACAACAGACAGAUAUAAAGAAGAUUUUCCUUAUCUGUCACUCUGUGGAAGAGAACGAAACUUUGUACGAUGUGACGAUCAGCCGAUUGUAUACACCCAUAUCAUACCCUCAAAUGACGAAAGUGAAAAUGAUCAGUUAUCAUAUGGCGGUGCAGGACCUGCUAUGACUGUAGAAUUUGAACCAGAAAAAAUCUGUAUGUUACCAAAUACAGGCCGUGUUUAUUAUCCAGCUACAGAAAAGCUUGGUGGUAUUGGUCUAGUAAAAUCUAGUCUUGCUAUUGAUCUUAGUAAACAUUUUGAAUUUCGAAACAAUGAGCAAAAUCCACCAACACAUUUUAACUGGAAGAAUAAAAAAUAUACUUUAACAAAUGAAUUGGUCAAAAUGGUGGAUUCUGAACUAUCGUAAAUAAUUGUAUUGUAUUUUUUUUGGAUAAUUAUUUAGAAAUGCAUCUUCUAAGAAGAAAUUUCUCGAUUUGAACUAGUCAUGCUAAAUGAAUUAUUCACUUCAAAUUGUCUUGUCUCUGCAGUGACAAGAUGAUAUAUUUAUGUACUGACAUACAACAAAAUGUUUGAAGAAUGAUUUUUAUCUGUGAUAAAACUGCUUCUAUGUAUAUAUAUAUAUAUAUAUAUAUGUCUAGGUUGUAUUUUUUUUUCUUUCAUAAAUUUAAAGAAAUACUAAUGUAGACUUGAAUAAAAAAACUAUCAAUCUUGGA